CGGCGGCGGCGCUUUCUGUUGCGGCGGUUCGUGGCGGAGCUGUGGCCGCCGCCGCUGCUGCAUCCGCACAGCUACUACGUGAAGCUGUGGGUGAAGCUGCAGUUCGGCAUGAUGCUCGCCGCCUUCCUGCUCGACCCCUUCUUCCUCCUCGUCCUCUCCGUCUCCCAGGAGAACAUGUGUGUGUACACGAGGUGGACCUUCGCCUACUGUCUCGUCGGCAUUCGCACCUUCCUUGACUUCCUCACGCUCCUCAACAUACUCGUGCAUACGCGCAUGAUGUUCAACGCGACGCACGACCAUGUGAAGGACGGCACCAUACGCAACUCGAGUGGCGAGAAGGUGAAGCUGGGCGACCUCGUCGUGGACGGCCGCGCCAUCCUGCACAACUACCUCCGAACGCUCUUCCUCGCCGACCUCCUCGCCCUCAUCCCCCUCCCCCAGAUAAUAACGGUGGCGGUGCUGCCGCUCUCGCCGGACAUCAACGUGUCGCAGACGUGGCAGGUGGCGGUGCGCAUCAGCGUGCUGCUGCAGUUUGUGCCGCGCCUGGCGCGCAUGUACCCCAUGCUGUCGGGGCAGGGCAGCCACUCCGUGCUCUUUGAGACCGCCUGGGCGUCCUUCCUGCUCAACCUCGUCGCCUUCUUCAUGGGCUCCAACGUGGUGGGCACGCUCUGGUACCUCCUCACCAUGCAGCGCACCGCCACCUGCCUCGUCAACUCCUGCCUGCCCGACUCCUCGCCGCCCUGCAACCAGGCCUUCCUCAGCUGCACUGGGGAGGGUACGCCGGGGUACAGCGAGUGGCUGGCGGGCAGCAGCGGCAUGUACGACACGUGUCUGAGCAGCAGCGGCAUCAGCAGCGACUUCUACGGCAUGUACACCACGGGUGUGCGCGUGGUGCAGCUCGGCUCCUUCUUCUCCACCUGGCUCUACUCCCUCAUGUGGGGCUUCCAGCAAAUCAGUACACUAGCGGGCAAUCUGGUGCCGACCACGGAGGUGGGCGAGGUGGUCUUCAUGCUGCUCAUCGUCGCGCUCGGGCUCUUCCUCUUCGCCUUCCUCAUCGGCAACAUGCAGAACUUCCUGCAGUCCCUCAGCCGCAGGUCGUUUGAGCACCGGCUGCACCUGAGGGACUUGGAGCAGUGGAUGUCGCAGCGAGACAUUCCCCGCGAGCUACAGAGGCGGGUGCGGGACCUGGAGCGGUAUGUGUGGACGGUGAACCAGGGGGUCAACGAGGAGGAGGUCAUGACGUCACUCUCCGAGGACAUCCAAAGGGACGUGCGCCGCCACCUCUCCUACGAGCUCAUCACCCAGCACUGUGUGCUGCUGAAGGGCAUGCCGGAGCAGGUGCUGGACGCCAUCUGCGAGCGCCUGAAGCAGCGCCUGUACAUCGACGGCACGCUCGUGCUGCGCGAGGGCUCGCCCGUGUCGCGCAUGUUCUUCGUGCUGCGCGGCACGCUGCAGAGCUCCACCACCAACGGCGGGCGCACGGGGUUCUACGAGGAGGUGCUGCUGGGGAAGGGGCAGUUUGUGGGCGAGGAGCUGCUCGUCUACUUCAUUGAAAAGUACGCCGAGGUCUCCAAGAAACAAAGCUCCCGCCGCUCCCUCCGCCGCGAUGUGAAGGUGGGGUCGGCGGUGAUGCCGGAGAUGCUGCCCAAGUCCGAGCGCACCUUCUGCUGCAUCGGCCCCGUCGAGGGCUUCUCACUGGAGGCGGCCGACAUUGACUUCGUGUGCACGCAGUUCUUCACCGUCAUGCAGUCCGACCAAGUGCAGCACGCCCUCAACGAGUGCUCGUUGAACCGGCGCAUGCGGGCAGCCACCACCAUCCAGGUGUGGUACCGGUCGGUGCUGCGGCGGCGCCUCAAGCUGCCCAUCGACGUCAUGCGCCAGGCCAUCCGCACCAAGCGCAUCGGCAACCUUCUGCGCUCCCUGCGCUCCCAGGCCUCCAAUGAGGCCGGCUCUGGCACGCACCCAAAAGGGGGGGAUGGCUCCGUGGGACGCGGCUCGGGCAGCGAGCACGGGUCGGCGGAGCAUGGGCCUGGCAGGGGCAAGCAGGCGAGCCCAGACAAAAGGAGUGGCAGUGGCAAGGGGGGGCGGGUGGUGUUUGAGCCCAAGGAUAAGGAGAAGGGGAGUGCGAAACGGGGCAAGGUGUACCGUGCGCUGAGGUCGCUGGGAGGGGGAGGCAGGACAUCAGAGAGCCAUGGCAGCGAGGAGGAAGACGAGGAAGGUGAGAAGAAAGAAGGCACAACUGCAGAAGCAGGAGGUGACGAGAAAGGUGAGAAUCAAGUGGCCGAGGAAAAGGUUGGAGGUGGUGAUGCAAACAGCGUACAGGAAGAAGGCCCUCCCAAGUGA